GAGGCGGCCGGCCGGCGGCGGCUCUGCCCGCGGACCCCGCCGUCGCACCCGGCCCCGCGCCCGCAGGCCGCCCUGGAGGCCGCGGCCAGCCGCCAGAACAAAAUUAGACUGAUGCCGAAGCAGUUUAGUGUGCUGGAAGGGCCUGGAUUCUAGUUUCAACUGGAACCAUUGUUCUGCAUGGACAGUCCCAGCAAAUGAUGAGCCCUUCAUCUUCUCCCCUCUAUAAACAAGGUCAUAAUGAUGGCACUCUGAACACAUCCUUGUUGUGAGUCAGAGGAGAGAACUUCAAAAAGCACAUAUGUUUCCUACUGAAGAUCCAUGGCCGUUUCUAAGCAGUAAACACCACUGCUGUCUUCCUGUAAAUAUAGGCUUCCUUAAAACAGUUAAGAAGAGACUGACUAAUGAACGGUGAAUUCUUUUAAAGCCAAACUUAUCUCAGAAGAGAUUUCGUCACUUCUUUUGUGACUUUUUGGAUGCUUUGGAAGAUACCUGGAAUACCAUGCUGGAAAAUUGAGAAAUGGCUUUGCCUAGUGACUUAGGGUCAAGUGAGAGAUGAUGUCCCAACUCUAGUUUGUUCUGAAGGAGUGACCAUCAGAGAGGAGAAGUACUGCUUCCGAACUAACACCUGUAUUGACUGUGUCUGUUACCGUACUUUGUAGAUAACUAUUUAAGAAGAAAGUUCCACAAUUGCCGCAGAUGAAGAUUUAAGAAGAAACUUCCACAAUUGCCGCAGAUGAAGAUUCACUGAUAAAUCAAUCAGGAUUUUUGGCUUGUACUCCAAAGAAAAGGAGCGGAAAGAAUGUCGGAGCGGGCCGCGGAUGACGUCAGGGGGGAGCCGCGCCGCGCGGCGGGCGGAGCAGCGGCCGCCCGGCAGCAGCAGCAGCAGCCACAGCCUCUGCAGCCCCAGCGGCAGCACCCGCCGCUGCGGCGCCCGCGGCCGGAGGACGGCGGCCCCGGGGCCGCCACCACUUCGGCCGGCGCCAUGGCGACGGCGGGGGAGCGCAGGCCCCUGCCCAGUCCUGAAGCGAUGCUGGGACAGUCGUGGAAUCUGUGGGUGGAAGCUUCCAAACUUCCUGGGAAGGAUGGGACCGAAUUGGAUGAAAGUUUCAAGGAGUUUGGGAAAAACCGCGAAGUCAUGGGGCUCUGUCGGGAAGAUAUGCCAAUAUUUGGUCUCUGUCCUGCACAUGACGAUUUCUACUUAGUGGUGUGUAACGACUGCAACCAGGUUGUCAAACCACAGGCAUUUCAGUCUCACUACGAAAGAAGACAUAGCUCAUCUAGCAAGCCUUCCUUGGCUGUCCCUCACACUUCAGUAUUUUCCCUCUUCCCUUCUCUGUCCAAAAGCAAAGGCAGCAGUGCCAGUGGAAGCAGCCGGUCUUCCAGUGGAGGAGUCCUUUGCGCAUCCUCAUCAAGCUCCAAGUUACUCAAAUUGCCCAAAGAGAAACUGCAGCUCAGGGGGAACACCAAGCCCAUGCUUCCGGUGCAGCAGACUAAAGUCCCCCAUACUAGAGUCAUGACACCCUCUGUGAAGGUGGAAAAGAUGCAUCCGAAGAUGGAUGGCACACUACUGAAAUCCACAGUGGGGCCAGCCUGUCCUGCUCCUGUGAGUUCUGCAGUCAAGCCUGGCCUUAACUGCCCCUCAAUACCAAAGCCAACCUUGCCUUCACCUGGACAGAUUCUGAAUGGCAAAGGGCUUCCUGCAACACCUACUCUGGAAAAGAAAUCUGAAGAUAAUUCUAAUAACAGGAAGUUUUUAAAUAAGAGAUUAUCAGAAAGAGAGUUUGAUCCUGACAUCCACUGUGGGGUCAUCGAUCUGGAUACCAAGAAGCCCUGCACCAGGUCUUUGACUUGCAAGACACAUUCCUUAACCCAGCGGAGAGCUGUUCAGGGUAGAAGAAAACGAUUUGAUGUGUUACUAGCGGAGCACAAAAACAAAGCCAGGGAAAAGGAAUCGAUUCGCCAUCUGGACUCUCAGCAACCACCACAUCCUCUCAGGGACCCGCAUCCCACCCCUCCUAGGACGCCACAGGAGCCACACCUUCCUUCAGAAUCAAAGCCUUUCUUAGCUAGUAAAUCAAAACCUCAUAUCCCCAGUCUUCCAAGGCCUCCAGGCUGCCCUGCUCAGCAAGGAGGGAGUGCCCCCAUUGAUCCUCCUCCAGGCCACGAGUCUCCACACCCUCCCUUGCCUGCCACUGAGCCAGCUUCUCGGUUAUCCAGUGAGGAGGGUGAAGGCGAUGACAAAGAAGAGUCUGUUGAAAAACUGGACUGUCAUUAUUCAGGUCAUCAUCCUCAGCCAGCAUCGUUUUGCACAUUUGGGAGCCGGCAGAUUGGAAGAGGUUACUAUGUGUUUGACACCAGGUGGAACCGGCUUCGCUGUGCCCUAAACCUCAUGGUAGAGAAGCAUUUAAAUGCACAGCUUUGGAAGAAAAUCCCACCAGUGUCCUGUACCACAUCACCUGUUUCUACCCGUGUUCCUCACCGGACAAAUUCUGUGCCGACAUCACAAGGUGGGAUCAACUAUUUUGCGUCAACCACUGUCUCUACGUCCCCAGUUCUGCUACCGUCCACCUGCAUCUCCCCAAACAGCAAAUCGGUACCAGCUCAUGGAACCACUCUAAAUGCACAGCCUGCUGUUUCUGGGGCGAUGGAUCCUGUGUGCAGUAUGCAAUCCAGACAAGUAUCUGCUUCAUCCUCAUCCCCCUCCACACCCUCUGGCCUCUCUGCAGUCCCUUCCUCCCCUCUGUCCAGAAAACCUCAGAAAUUGAAACCUAGCAAGUCUAUAAGGCCCAAGGAGUCUUCUGGUAAUAGCACUAACUGUCACAAUGCCAGUAGCAGUACCAGUGGUGGCUCAGGAAAGAAACGCAAAAACAGUUCCCCACUGUUAGUUCAUUCUUCCUCCUCCUCCUCAUCCUCCUCGUCGUCGUCUCAUUCCGUGGACUCUUUCAGGAAAAACUGUGUGGCUCACUCUGGGACUCCAUACCUGUCAACAGCAGCAUCUUCCCACAGCAUUGGCCUCAACUGUGUGACAAAUAAAGCGCACUCGGCGGCCCUCCGGCAUGAGCAGGCAGGAAGGGGUCCCCCUGGCGUGAGCCCUGCAGAGUCCAUCAAGAGGAUGAGUGUAAUGGUGAAUAGCAGUGACUCCACUCUUUCUCUUGGCCCGUUCAUUCAUCAAUCCAAUGAACUGCCUGUCAACUCGCAGGGCAGUUUUUCACACUCGCACACUCCUCUAGACAAACUUAUAGGAAAGAAAAGAAAGUGUUCUCCAGGCUCUAGCAAUGUCGGCAACAGUGGCAGCAAACCUACAAAGGUUUCCAGAUUGCCAGCUAUGAACAACGUCCACAUGAAACACACAGGCACCAUCCCAGGGGCACAAGGACUGACGAACAAUUCCAUCCUUCAUCAGGAUAUCUUGUCUCCUUGCUUACGAACAGGAAUUGCAGCAGCAGCACCGCAGAGCCCUGACUUAAAAACCAAAGGCACGUCCCUGACAGCUGACAAUACCACUGGAAGGAAUAAUCCAGACAUUUUUGAAGACAAGUUACACCUCUACUCAGCACUCUGGACUCCACGAUGCCUUUGAGUCUCUUUUUACAAACUCCUGUGGGCCUUCAGGGUAGCCUAUGGCUGUUUCACAAGGAUUUCCCGAAGCUGUGUCUGUAGCAGUGAGUACUCAUAAAGGACACUGGAUCAAGUUCAGCCACCGGAUUGCUUUCUCAGUGUUAAAGUGGUCUGGACUGCUUGCUACCAAUCUGUGAGAAGUUUUUGUUUAUGUUUUGUUUGUGUUUGUGUUUUUUACCUUGCAGCAUAUCAUGGAGCCACUCUUGAAGUAGAUUGGCUGGGCAAAGAAUGUUCUGGCAAGAGCAUUACUGUAGACUCUUCCCUCCUCUGCCAGAGGUUUUUUUGAACACAUCCUCAGCUGUAGGUCACUCUCUAGCAGGUAGACACCUGCACUGGAGACUGGAGGCCUUCCAAAGAAAGAGGAGCAAGUUGCAUCCUGAGUAGCCUCCUGGCUUUAGUUUUUUUAUAGCAGUGUUCAGGAAUAGAAUACUGAUGUUGGUCAAUGCAUCAUGGCAUAGUAGCUCAGCCCUUUUCAAGUAAUUUGGGAUAAGAAGCUUAUCAAGUUCUUCAAACUGAACAACUGGUUUAAAGCUGCUGAAGCCCGGAUAUUAAGUUUAAAGGAUCUCAGAAGCUUAGUUUUCAUGGUACAAAAGCAUGUGUGAUAAAAAGAGAGAAAGAAAGAGGAAGAAUGAAGAAAAGAAAGAUGGAAAGAGAGACAAGGAAAACUAGUUUGGUGAUGAAAAAAGCCAGUUGGGACACUGGAUUCGGGGAGGUGAAAAAAAAAUCAUAAAAGUGAAGCAAAACUUGCAGGAUUUCCAAAGAGACUGACUUCUUUCUAGUGCUUUCAUGUUGAGCAACGCAUCAGAUUGGGUCAAUUGUCUUACUCAGUCUGCUUUUUAAGAUUUGCCUUUUUAAAAGUUAUUAUAAUGUCCUUAAAUACUUCCAAGGCAUUACUCCCAUUUCCUCUUUCAAUUUGUUUGGAGAACCAAGAGUAGUUUGUGCUUUCAGCCGCGUUGUCAUUGUGUCUGUGUCCCAGCUUCCCUUCAGUAGAGGCAGGUGGUGGGAGACCUUGUGGAGGUGGCGUUGAGAGGGUGAAGUGUUUGUCAUUCACACCCACCUUUCUUGUGGUAGUGACAGCCAUCUUCCUUCAGUGAGGUGAAAAGCCCUUUAAAGAUUUCUCAGUACCCCACUCCCAAAGAAUGUUUAAUGUGUUAAAGCAUUGCUUGAAAAGAUUUCUACCAGUGAAUUUGGGGGUGAUCUAGGGCUACUACAAUAGCUCCUGCACAGACAACCAAGUCCUCUAACUUAGGAAGAGUACAACAGAGUGGCCAGAAGAGUGCAGCCCCAAGGCUCUGAGCCGUGUCCUGGCCAGGGUCUGGGUAGAGCCCAGACAGUGCAACCUUUCCCCUACAAUUCUUUGGUUACACACUUGAGUUUCAGGGAAUUUCAGUCAACAACAGGUAGAAUGAAUAAAUACUUGGUUACCAGCCUAAUAAUGUGAAUUGCUACACUUACUCUUAUUAUGUAAGAACACAAAGACUUUAACUAUACUUUAACUAUAAAUUAAUGUAAAAUGUUGAAUUUUUUAAGGAAGGGAAAACAGAACCUUAUUCACGUCUUAUGCAAUCAGUCAGUGAAUGUUUUAAAGAUGUUAGAAGAGCUAUAAGGAGAGAACACAGAUGGGCCAGUGUGGUGAAGUUAGGGAUCAGUCUGAUCGUUCCAUCCCAGUGGUGGGAAGGAGGUGAGGGAAUCAUAAUUUACAUAGUAAUUACUUGGUGACAAGUGCAAUGGGGUGUGGGUAGAAUUUAUUUUCAGAGCCAAGGGGACUUGAUGGUUAUAAAUUAAGUUGCUUUUAGUGAUGGAAUUUAUAGACAGGUCAUGUUGUUCCGAAAGAUGUGAAUAGGAGCCACAAUAGGAAGUUUAUUCAGAAUAAAGUAGAUACUUAGAUUAAUGAGUAUUAUAAUUUGAUUUCUUAGACUGGGGUUUUAAUUGAACUUCAUUAUAUCUCCGGGUAAUACACAGAGCCUCGGGAUUAGGAAAAGCCAUUUUGGAUUCUGCCUGCCACAAACAGACAUACCCUAAACAGUGCUACUAAAGUUUAGACUGUUCAAAUAUUUUAUUUUCUCUGACAACUACUUUUUAUGAUGAUGAACAAUUAAGACCAUUUAAAAUAUGGGAGUACAAAUAUUUUUUUUAAUUACAUUAACUUGGAAAAACCAAAUUUGCAGUGUGUGGGUUGUUUCUAGACAGACUUUGGUGUCAAUUUAAAACCAAGAUAAUUUUUUAUAUUCUUUCCAAUAGAAUUCAUGACAGCUUCUGCAGUUUUCUUAAACUAUAAAAAAAAAAAGUGCUGCAAUGAUGAACAAAGAAUUAUUAAAAAAAAAAACCUACUUUUGUAUCUUUAUUUUGGAAUUUCUUGUUCUAUUAUAAAUAUGGAAGUAUCCCUAUUUCAGAAGACAUAUUUUGUUAAAAAUGAAUUGUACAUAUUUAAAUAUGUAUUUUUGCACAGGUCUUUUUUUCUGAUAUCCUGUUUUGGUACAAUUGAGAUCAUCUAGUAUUUAUUUAUUAAUUAAUGAAAAUAAAUACCUUUUUAUAAUUUGAAGUGUUUCACUGCCAAGCCAAUAGUUUAGAACCUGCCUCCUUUACAGUUAAGGGAGGCCUCUGUUCUGUGAAGGUCUCUGUCCCUCUCAGUGUCUCGGGAGUGAUUCACACAGAUGAAGUGAGCAUGGCUUCUCAGCUGCCUGAUUUCCAGAUAGACUACAUGGAACUAAGUGACACAUUGCUUUUCUUUGUUUAGUUUUGUGUGUGUGUGUGUGUGUGCGUGUGCGUGUGCGUGUGUGUGUGUAAUAACACUCUGAGCACACCUGUGUUAUUAGUAUGUGAUGUGGUUUAAAACUAAUGGGCAAAACAAAGCUGAAAGUGCCUGAACCUAGUUUAAGCUCAGACAGAUACUCUUUAAAGACUUGAAUGCUGAGUUGAACUUCUGGAGUUUGCUUUUUCCACCUAAAUAUUAUUUCUAAAGUUUUAGGGGAGAAGUUAAAAGCCACCAAGCCUGGUAAUUUUUAUAAGGUAUUUUAAAACGAAGACCUUUUUGUUCACAGUAAUUUAACUGGCAGUGGACUGCCCAGUGCCACCAAGGGUCAUAAACUGCUGUCAGCCGGCAGCUGUUUGUUACUCCCUCACUAAAUACAGACUUUAAGGCAGGAUAUUUAAAAUAUUUUGUAUUAAAAAAAUACAAGAAGUACCUCUGAGAACAUUGAAAAAUGUUUAAUUUGAAAAAAUAUAUAACUUAUAAAGGCAGCUGUCUUCCUGUAAGAGUUCUGUUGCCAAGGGAUUUCUUAAUGUCUCUAUUCUGUCCUGGGUUGGGGAAAAGUUGGGCUUUGAAAAAUGAUUGUUAAAAGUUUCACUGUUUAAAAAAAAUAAUCAUUUUUACAUCUUCCGUAAAACAUUUUACCUUUUCAGAUCACUUAAGUGAGCACUACAUAUUGUCAGUGUGAAUGCAGGGCCUUGAAAGAAUUUUGCUGGUUUUUUUUUUUUUUUUUUUUUUUUUUGAGCUUGGUUAUUAAAGCAAUCUCCUGUGUUAAAUGUGUGAAUAGUUUGAUAAAUGUGUACACAUAAUCAAGAGCAUCUCAGCUGGACUUUGUGUUGGCUGCUGUAUAGAAAUGAACAAAUGUCAAGGGAUAGAAAAUUACUUUGGAUAUUUAAAAGAGAAGAAAUAUAUAGUCUAUUUGUUUUGUAACAAGUUUCUGUAAAUAAAAUAAUUUAUACUAUUUAUAAGAAAAA